GCUUGCAAACCUUGGAUUACUGCGUUGCUGCAACGUAGCCUCUACCAAAUGCUUGCGGCUGCUUUGCGGUUAUCGCGUGACGUUUUCAGGGAUGCGCUCGUCAUGUCAGUUUGCAACGGUUAUUCAUUUGGUCAAGACGUUUCUUUCGGUAUAAUGACUCUACGGCGUGUUUUGUUGAAAUUUACUUAGUGACCUAAAGGCUUAAGAGUUACUAAAGUGCUUUAUCUAUUCUUAGUUUUAGCCAUUGAGUGCUCACAACUAAAUAUUCUCUCAAAAAAUAAAUCUAAUUUAAAACAACAAGUAGACAAAAAUACUAGCAUACAUACUUGUAUGUGCGGAAAAGUAUUAGCACCACUACUGCCAUGAUCGUGGUUGAAAUGUUAAUUGCAUAUAGUGUUUAAAUAAAUAUUGGAAUUGCAUCUUUUUUUGGUUUGUUUUCAAGGAAUGUUAUGAGUGUAUUAGUUAUAUAUAAAAACAAUUUACAAAGCAGAAAAUAUAAAUCAGUAAAAAGAAAUUAUUUUUUUAGAUUGAGUUGAAAAUUUUAAUCGAGUGUAGUUUUAUUAUAAUCAGAGGAAUGAAAAUGAUGCCAAUAAGCAUUUAUGCUAUGAAAAAUUAAAAUUUAGAAACUUGUAAAAAACGUUACAUAAACUUAGAAAAACAACUUUUCAAAGGACGCUAUUUGCCCUUUACCCUUGAUUAAGGAUAAUUAAAUUUUUCAAUUGAAAUAUAACAACAUGAGCUUGAAAACUUUAGCCUGCCUUGUAUUGCUCUCCCUAACCACUCUAUUCCAAAUUGCCACAUGUGCAGAGGACGAAAACUCGACUGAGACCAAUGAAAUAAUUCCACGAGAAGCAAUUGGGAAAUUAGAUUACUCCGUAAGACAAGCUCUGUUACGUGCCAUAGAUAAGUUGGAGAGAGAAGCGGCCUAUGAAGACUACGAUGAAGAAAAUGCAGAAGAUCAGAAUCCCACUGCCGAAGAAUCGCCAACGGUACUACAUGCCAGCGGUCUCGACUCGAACAGCAGCAGCAGUGUUUCUACCACUACUUCCAAAGAUGAAAUACUCGAAGAGAGCACCAAUAAGGCCGACGUGCAUCCAACUGUACAAUUUUACACUGCUAUUUUCGAUGAGAAACAUGCACCCGAACAAACAUUGGCCUCGUUCAUCGAUCGAUCGCACUUUUGGAAGAAGGUAAACAAAAAGUCUAACACAGACACAGUGGCGAUUGACAAUAAUGACACCGCAGCGCAUGCCUCCAGCACAUUCGAAAGUAGCCGGCAGAGUACGCGCAGUGUCGGCAAUGGCCAGAACUCAAACACGGCCGUGCGUUUAAAUGAAAUCUCUGGGGAGAAUUUGGAUGAAGUGAAAUUUGAGAUACGUAAGACGCACGGGCUUUCAGCGACGACAGCUUCACCCACAACUACAAGUACAUCGACUACGACAACAACAACAGCACGUCCACGAACAACACGCCGUCCACGUCCAACCACCACUACUACAACAACUACAACCACACCACGACCCACACAUAAUGAAGAUGGUGAAAAUAUCGAAGUGGUAGAGAAAGAUGAUAUACGUAUACAGGAGGCGCCACUGGUGACGGCAUUCACCGUCGAUUUGGAUGAACGCGGUGCAGCCAAGAAUGUUAUACCUAUUGUAGAUCAGCCCAAAAUACAGCGACCACUCAAUGCUCAUCAGUCAUUCCCCGCUGGACCCACUAUAUCUAAGCUAAAUGUUCUGUCCACAAAUCCGCUAUCUAGUGCGCCACAGAGUGAAGCAGUGUACAGUAAUGUUGGCCUUGUAGCACCCACACAAGCAACCAACAUUAUAGCGGCAUCGACAACGCCAUUUACUAAUAUUUUGCCAGUGAACAAUUUUAUAACGCAGCCAACUUCCCAAACCGCCGUCGGCGUUAACGAUAAUCCCAACCAAGAAGGUGUAAGCAAUUAUCUAAUCGAGCGACAACGACAACUCGAACAACAAAUCUAUCAGCUCAAACUACAAGCACAGCAACAACAAGACUUAAUAUUGCGUCAACUGAAGUUGCUGGAGGAGCAAACGAAACUGAACCCGACCGUGCAAUCAUUACCGGCGACCACUACACAAACUUUUUUACAACCUAUACAACAACAACACCAAGCACAAUCGCAUCCACAAUUAACUGCACAGCCAACUCAAUCAGUGCCACUCUCGCCACCCACGGUGCAACAACAACAAUCGCAAGUAGUCAGCUUCACCAUACGACCCUCCGUGGAAUUCAUACCGAACGCGGUCACCGAAAGUAGCACAUCAUUUUUCAACACUUUUCCCGUCGAUCAACAAUUACCAUUACGCGAGCGUAUUAAUAACUUUGCGCACGGCGAGCAGCGCAACAAUUACACGCCGAAUAUUUUACCAGUGACACAACAACAACUGCCCAUAAAUGACCCGGUACAAAAAAUUUUUAAAAAUUUGCAAAACUUACAGAGCCAGAAAGGGAAUCCUACGCAGUCGCAAGCGGCAAAUGCUGCCACCUCGGUGCAAAUACAGGCAUCAAAUCAAUUUAAAUUUGCACCCACCUUCCCGACGGUGCAAACACCGUUAGAGGUGUCGCUGUUCCAGGCGUUGCCGCAACACAAUCCCCAGCACUUCCAUCAGCAGCAACAACAACAGCAAGCGCCAUUAGUGCCCAGUUUCUUGAGCCAAACUUUGUUGGAACAACAACAACAGCAGCAGCAACAACAACAUCGCUCACGUUUGUUCCGCCAGGAGGCAGGCACAUCUAAUUUCGGCCAAAAGCAGUCAAUUACACAAUUUUCCUCGGUCCAAUCGGUCAUACCGCCGUCAAUACAGAGCCAGCAAGAGCAGCAGCAGCAACAACACCAGCAAACGCUAGAUAAUCAAAUUUUCUAUCGGCAACAUUUGGAUCCGCAAAUUAGCAAUCAACUGCAGCAGAAUGCACAAUUUUACCAACAACAACAACAGCAGCAGCAGCAACUGCAACAACCACCAGCACUAAACCGUGGCAUUAACAACUUUGCACCGCCCACGUCACAAAACCUACCCUUCGCUGGACGCUUCUAAGUGUGGCACGUAGCCAUAGCCGUACGUGUGUACGAUCCACAUACACCAUCUAGCUAGUAAUGCACUGCGCUUUUAACUUGCCACAUCAGUCAACCACAUGAGGAAGUCUUCUGAUGCAAUGGAAUUCUUGGCGCAGACGUCAUAUCACCAAGACGACGUAAUAACAACUCAAUGGCUUCAAUAAAAAAGUAAAAUGCACCUGUCAAAUGGCAGCAAAAUUUCAGCACAACUAACAAAAUGUUAUUAACAAGCAACACGCACUGCAAUGAACUUUUAAAACACCUGUAAAUAAUUCGGUAUAUCUAUGUACGUACUAGGCAAUUUUAAUUGAAAACGAGAUAAUCGAGGAAUUUCAAAAUAUUUAAUAGGAAUAAUACAUUAAUGUACCAUUAUUUGAUUUGCUUUAGUUGAGUUUUCAUAUGAAGCUUCCAAUUCUUCUAUUUUUAGUUUGGAUGCAAAUAAAUUUUCACACAUUACGGGCUUAGUUUAGAACCAUGUUCAAAAUCCCUAGCAUAUCCUAAGAAAUCUGAGAAACAAACAAUUAUUUAUUCUCAAACCAGUUCUUGUCUCCUUAAGAUUUAGCGUACACAUUUUUGAAAUACUCAACUAAUUCUAAAAUAGCUGGCUUAUGCCAUUAUAAUGAUUAAUCUCCAAAUAGAAGAGCAAUAUAUUUUUAAAUACAGAACUAGAGAAACAGACUAGAGAAAAUAUGUAUAGCUCCGCCAUUAUAAAUCUGCCUCUAUUAUUAAAUGCUCCACGUUCCUUUUUUUAUCACUAAGAAGCCCCGAUUAUAUACCCUACAUAAUAAAGAGAGUUAUUAUUUCCGGAAUAAUUAUCGAUUAUAUCUUUGAACCUUUGUAUUAACAUCGGAGAUUAGUUGAUCAAUUUACACCUGGACCUGCAUAAAUAUAUUUUUCUCGAUAAACAUUUUCUUGAAAAUUUCAACCGAACUUUUGACCAUGGCUUUAACAAAAAUUUUCUCAGUUCCAAUUUUAUAUACAUACCUAUGAUAUAUUAUAGAUCAAAUGAUUGAUUUCUUAAAUAUUUCAAUCCAAAUAAAGCAAAAACAAGCCUAACAAAUUCAUUUACCUCGGUUAAAUUUUGGCAAUAAAAAUUAUACAAUAUACUAUACUAAAUACCAUUAUUUAGGUAAAAGCUUUGAAAAGUGAAGCAAAAUAUUAUAUAAUAAUUUUUGCACUUUGCAAAUCUCCUAAAUAUUUGAAUUCUAUCUUUAACAUUAUGAAUUUUUGAAUUGAAAAAAUUAACGACUGAGGUAGAUUUUUAAGAAAAUUUUACACUAUACCAAAAUCUGCGAAGCAAAAUAUUUUCUCAUAAAUGAUUUAAAAUAUAUGGUAUAUUUAAAGAAAAUCGCUUUUUUAGUGUUAUUUAUAUAGGAAACUUUGGAUGCUCUCUAACACGUUUUACAGUGAAGCUAAGCUGAAAAUCCUACACCUACAUAGAUAUAGGUUAAUUUUAACCUAUGAUUCGAUGGUAGUUUUGGCAACCUAAAUUAUAUAACUAAAAACUAAUAAUUUUAAAAUCUUCUAUUCUGGUUAGUGUUUAUUAGAAUACGAAGUUGUUCCCUUGAGCGAUAAGUAGCAAUUAGAAACGUGGCUCUUGGGAACUGGCCGUUCGACUACAGAACAAACUGUACCGAAGACAGUUUUCCAUGAGUCCAAUCAAUCAAAUUUGUAAAGCAUGUUGUUCAACAACCGCACCUUUUCAAAUAGUUGUUGUUUCUAUAUGUCUAUAAUAGAAAGGAAAAGUAUUAAAACUAAUAAUUAUCUCGUGUUUGAAUAAAUUUAAAUAAUGUUGCAAGAUUGCAUGUAAUAUUUUUAUGAAAUACACUGGCAAAUAUUAAAAAAUAUGGGCAUACUUAAUAUUUGAUUAGACACUUAUAUAAGUAGAGUAUCAAGUGAGAAAUUGGCUAUUUUUUUUGAAUUUUUUUUAAACUUAUGGUAUCGAUAAUAUAUAACGUAAACUUGCCAAACUACUACUAAAAUAUUUUUUUUAUAUCUCCUAAAGUUAUAUUAUUAGCAUUAAAAAAAUAUUUUUAGUUUUAAAUUUUACGUCAUGAAACAAAUUUUACUCUUGGUUUCUGCAAUAGUGUUCAAAUACUAGUUUCUUCAUGCCUUCAUUCAUACAUAAUUCCGUAUCUAAUCAAUUUAGUUAGUUUUGAGAGCAAAUUAAGUUCCCUUUCCAUAUCCCAGUUUUAUUGCUUUUAAACUUACUUCAGUAUCGGUACAUAUUUUGGAGUAAAUCGUCAAAUAACACUUAUUAAAUGUAAUAUCAGCAGUAAAUAAUUUCAUUAUUUUUAAACAAUUUUAUGUUAUUUGUUGUAACCACAGUGUCGAUCCUACAAAAUUAUUGACAAAAUUAUAGAAUAUUAUCAUCAUCAGUCUUCUUUGUAAACAACUCAUGAGGUAAAGUUACUACAAAAUGGUUAUAGUCAGAGUUCUGAAGAUAUGGUGUUGUAUCUCGAAUUCAAUUCUGAAAUGUCGUUAGUUGUCACUUCAAACUAGUAGCAUUUCAAAUAAUAAAUAUUGUGUAAAUUUUUUAUGAAUUGGCAUUUGCACAGACAGUUGAAGAGUUGAAAAAAUUUGCUACCUCUAGUAGCCAAUCAAUAAUAAUAAUUAAAUUUCACAUAACAAAUACAAAUCAACAUACAGUUUUAUAAAUUUUGUAAUUAUUUUCGAAUUUUAAAAUUAAUUCUAAAUCUAUUAUUCUUUCUUGUUCAUUUAAGGUAGUUUUAAGUUUUGUUUGUAAAAUAUAUUUCUGCUUUAUAAGUAAUCAACAUUGUACAAUUAUGAUUGAAACGAAAGGAUUAAAAAUUGCAAAUGCAUUUGUUAUUGUUUUGUUGAAUAAUGAGUACGUCAGAUAGAACUCUUCGGCUUUGCGUGAAAGAUCGACUCUUGAUAGAUAUAAAUUUGUAAUUACUUAACUCACGUUAUUUAACUUUUAUUCAAAUGGCACAAUUGUUUCAGAGUAUAAAAAUGAAAACAAAAAAAUACAUCAGUCAGCUGAUGCUCAACGUGCGUUACUGAGAGACGUUGCAAGUUGAUCCACUUUAAUACUUUAAUAGUUGCCAAAAUUUUAAAUGUCAAAGCAAUGUGUAAAGUGUUCCAUCUGACAUGGUCAUAAGAAUCAUAUCAAUUUAAAAGAGACAUGUGUUUAUUUUUAUAAAUAAAUUUUUAGAUAAUAAAAA